CUCAUUAUCCCUGUCUGACACACUUCACACCUUUCCCAACACAAAAGAUGAAUGUGGUGGAUGUACUCUGUUCCAUUCUUCAAUUAUAAAGUGAACUUUACUAUCUCCCACACAACACAACACAACACAACACAACGGUGUCUUUAUAGUUUGUACCAGACUCCAUUAACAGCAUCACAGCAAGAAAGAGCCAAGAAAGGAAAGUGUGAAAGAGCAGAGUGAGUUGAUAAGCAUUAAUCCAAUGGCAAUGGCAAUGUCAAUGGCAGUGUUGGCAAUGCUGCUGCUGCUGAUGAUGAUGAAGACACUUGAUGCAGACAACACAAAUGGGUUGUACCAGCCGUGUGGUGACACCAAGAUCCAGAGAUCCGAUGGGUUCACAUUUGGAAUAGCAUUCUCAACCAAGGACUCAUUCUAUUACAACCAGAACCUGUCUCAUCAGCUCUCUCCCUGUGACCGCCGCCUCUCUCUCGCCACCCUCAACUCCCAGCUCGCUGUUUUCAGGCCCAAAGUCGAUGGCAUCUCCCUCCUCACCAUCAACACCUCCAGCUUCUCUCCGGAUGCUUAUGGUGGGUAUAUGGUGGCAUUUGCGGGGAGAAAGUAUGUGGCAAGGUCUCGCCCUGCUUUUGUUGCAAAUAGCACCUAUAUUGUAACCAGUUUCACUCUGGUACUUGAGUUUCAGAAGGGUAGGCUGCAGAAUUUGUAUUGGAAGAGAGAUGGAUGUGCUUCAUGCUCAGGUAAAUCUAAUUUUGUUUGCCUCAACAAACAAGAUUGUGCCAUUAGAACAUCAAGCUGUAAAAACCGAGGGGGUUCAGUAGAUUGCAGUCUUGGGAUACAGCUAGCUUUUUCUGGCACAGAUAAGCAUCUGAUGGCUCUCAAUUCAUGGUAUGAAGUUGAAAAUCUUCGACAGUAUUCCCUCUAUGGCUUGUAUUCAAACCUCAAAAAUUCUCUCACUAACCAGUACAAUGACUUCUUUUAGCGAUGGGGAAAAAAGCCUCUUUCAGUUCGUGUCAAACAUUCCACCGAUUGUCUUCAUUUGUGAUAUCAUGUUGUAAUCUUGUGACAGUUCAUCUUCACUUGCCCCUCUUAUGCCUUCUUAUUCUAAGAAAGCAUAUUUCCUCCUAUCUCGAUUUUGAUUUUCUGAGAUCUUUAUAGCUUGCUAGAUUUUCAAACCUCUGUUUUCUUCUUGGUGAAGUAUUUGAUAGUUCUAUUGUUUGAUUAAUUGGAUUAUAUAAUGAAAGGAAAUAGUUGACUUC